CUUGUUGGCUGCGCUUUGGUUGCGGUGGCUCCGUUCUGAGGCUGUGUUGUUGUUUGCUGCUGAUGGCCCUCACCAUCCCCCCUGCGGGUCCCCGCCGACCCCUGCUCCCCCUCGCAGAACUAGGCCUGCGGGCGCGGGCGCUGCUGCCCGGUAGCCACGCCGCGGACACGGAGUGCCAGGCGCUGGCCGCGCAGCUGGCCGAGGAGGCACCGCUGUCUCGGCGGCCGGCGACGCACAGCCAGUAUGGCGGCCCGUGGCGCAGCUUCCUGGCCUGGUGCCGGCGGCGCGCCCCGCCGGUCCCACCCUACGCCGCCUCGCCGCAGCUGGUCGCCCUCUAUCUGCAAUCGGUCCUCAACUCGGCCACCGCGGACGGGUCCGGCCCUAGCCGAGUCGACGUAGCUGGCAAGGCCAUCGCCUUCCACUACAGCCUGGCGGGCCUGCCCAACCCAGCCGCAGCGGAAAGCUGCGCAAACGUGCGCGCCACCGCGGCCCGGCGGCUGCAGGUGCAGCGCUUGCACCGGGAGGCCAUGUCCGCCGCCGACCUGGCGGCGGUCCUGUGCGCCCACGCCGGGCCCGGCGCCCCGCUGCUGCGCCUCAUGAUGGCCACGACCGUGGCCCUCAUGUUCUACGGUUUCCUGCGGUUUGACGACAUGGCGGAGGUCAGCGUUCACGCCGACCUGCUGCUCAUCACGCCCCGCCACAUGGCCAUUUUCAUCCCCCGGUCCAAGACCGACGUGGCCAUGGACGGUCAGUGGGUGCACAUCGCCCGGCUGCCCCACCUAGGCGGUUUCUGCCCCGUGGCGCUCACGGAGCGGCUGCUGCGCCAAGGCGCCUACCGCCGCCUUCCGGCGGCGGCCGAUGAGGACGUCGGGCCGCUGCUCCGUACGGUGCAGUACACGGCCGCCGGCGGCCGGCUGCAGCGCCUGGUGGGCACGCGGGCUUCGCCGGUGUUCAGCAUGUCUUACGGCGCUUUCCGCUCCAACUUCCUGGCCCGCCUGCGGGAGGCGGGCGUCUCGGGCAACAUCAAGCCGCACUCGAUGCGCAUUGGUGGCAACAGCGCCGCGGCUGACGCGGGAGUUCCGGCGUCCCUGCGGCAGGUGCAUGGCCGCUGGAAGCCCGCCACUAUGGUCGGUCACUACACACGCCCCACCCUCGAGGACACCCUCGGUGUCACCCGCGCUAUGGGCCUCGCUGGAGCGGCCUAAUGGCGCCAAAGGGAGACAGCUUUACAGUACGACUGUAUCAUGGAAGUGGGGUUAGAGGCGGAGGACCGGAGGCCCCGAAGGGGCCGGAGGGAAUGAAGCCUCUAAGCGAGCUUCCAUGAGGAAGUCGUACAGGCUGGCUCUCUUUGGCGCCAGCCUCCUCUCUCUUCUUCA